CAAUCUCCAUCAACCACUUCUUCAUAAACCCGCAACCUCCCCAACCCACACCCCGAACCUCUGAAAUUUGAACAAUCCCUCGUACUGUACUGUACCCUCACUCAUUCUCUCUUUGGGGUUUAAUCUCUGCACUGCUACUACUACUACUACUACUACUACUACCGCCAUACCUAUUUCUGGGUGGUGGUCCAUACGCUGCAGAGCUCUAAUUCGGCGCCGUCGACAGCUUCUCACUCGGCGAGUUUUGACCAUCAUCUCUCAGCCCCGAAAUCCUCUCCCGCAGAUAUAAUCACAAAAGGGUACAGCCUCAACCACCUAAGUCCUGGCUACCUUGAUCUGCACUUGAUUUGGGGAAACGAGUCAACCACUUAAUUACCGCUGGCGACCUCACUCUCUCCGCUCGUCUGCACACGAGCAGUGACUGACUGAACAAUGGCCGAGCUCAAUGGCACCGGGAAGGCCAACGGCACCGUCCCCAUCAUGAACGGAGCCUCCUCCUACGCAGCCAAGCACAACUUGGCAGAUCACUUCAUCGGUGGAAACAGGCUGGAGAACGCAGCUCCGAGCAAAGUAAAGGACUUUGUAGCGAGCCACGAUGGACAUACCGUCAUUACCAAUGUCUUGAUUGCCAACAAUGGUAUUGCGGCAGUCAAGGAGAUUCGAUCGGUGCGAAAAUGGGCCUACGAGACGUUCGGCGACGAGAGAGCUAUCCAGUUCACCGUCAUGGCCACCCCCGAGGAUUUGCAGGCAAAUGCAGAUUAUAUCCGGAUGGCAGACCAAUAUGUCGAGGUCCCGGGAGGAACAAAUAAUAACAACUACGCAAACGUGGAGUUGAUUGUAGAUGUUGCUGAGCGCAUGAACGUGCAUGCAGUCUGGGCAGGAUGGGGACAUGCUUCAGAGAACCCAAAAUUGCCAGAAUCGUUAGCAGCAUCACCAAAGAAGAUUGUAUUCAUUGGUCCUCCGGGAUCUGCGAUGCGAUCGCUCGGUGACAAGAUUUCCUCCACAAUCGUCGCACAGCACGCCAAAGUUCCAUGUAUACCCUGGUCCGGAACUGGUGUUGACCAGGUGGAUGUCAACGAUGAUGGCAUUGUUACAGUUGACGACGAGAUCUACAUGAAGGGAUGUGUGCAAUCGUGGCAAGAAGGUCUCGAGAAGGCCCACCAGAUUGGAUUCCCCGUCAUGAUCAAGGCCUCAGAAGGUGGUGGUGGAAAGGGUAUCCGAAAAGCCGAGUCGGAGCAAGGCUUCGAGGCGCUCUACAAAGCCGCUGCCAGCGAAAUUCCAGGUUCUCCAAUCUUCAUCAUGAAGCUUGCUGGAAAUGCUAGACAUUUGGAGGUCCAAUUGCUGGCUGAUGAGUACGGAAACAACAUUUCGCUGUUCGGCAGAGAUUGCUCGGUUCAACGAAGACAUCAAAAGAUUAUCGAAGAAGCACCAGUUACGAUCGCGAAGCAGGCCACUUUCCAAGCUAUGGAGAAGGCUGCUGUUCGUCUCGGUCGUCUCGUAGGUUACGUUUCUGCUGGUACCGUCGAGUACCUCUACUCACACGCCGACGACAAAUUUUACUUCUUGGAACUUAACCCCCGUCUCCAAGUCGAGCAUCCUACCACUGAAAUGGUCAGCGGUGUCAACUUGCCCGCUGCACAACUCCAAAUUGCGAUGGGUCUUCCUCUACACAGAAUCCGUGACAUUAGAUUAUUAUACGGAGUUGACCCUUCCAGCUCCACCGAAAUCGACUUUGAUUUCUCCAAGGAGAACAGCGCCCUCACCCAGCGACGACCCACACCUAAAGGCCACACCACCGCCUGUCGUAUCACAUCCGAAGAUCCUGGAGAGGGAUUCAAACCCUCCAGCGGUAUGAUGCACGAAUUGAACUUCCGGAGUUCCUCUAAUGUCUGGGGUUACUUCUCCGUCGGAACUGCUGGUGGUAUCCACAGUUUCUCGGAUUCUCAAUUCGGUCAUAUUUUCGCCUAUGGUGAGAACCGAUCUGCAUCGCGGAAACACAUGGUUGUCGCUCUCAAGGAAUUGAGCAUUCGUGGUGAUUUCAGAACCACUGUGGAAUACUUGAUUAAGCUCUUGGAAACUCCAGCUUUCGAGGACAACACAAUCACCACAGGAUGGCUUGACGAGCUGAUCUCCAACAAGCUUACUGCUGAGCGACCAGACCCUAUGCUGGCUGUCGUUUGCGGCGCUGUUACCAAGGCACACAUCGCCAGCGAGGCUUGCAUCGCUGAGUACCGAUUGAGCUUGGAGAAGGGUCAGGUGCCCGCCAAGGAGACCCUGAAGACUGUCUUCCCCAUCGACUUCAUCUACGAUGGUCACCGAUACAAGUUCACUGCCACCCGGUCGAGCUUGGAGAGCUACCACCUCUUCAUCAACGGUUCCAAGUGCUCUGUUGGUGUCCGUGCUCUCAGUGAUGGUGGUCUCCUUGUGCUCCUCAGCGGACGCAGUCACAACGUCUACUGGAAGGAGGAAGUUGGGGCGACUCGUCUUAGCGUCAACAGCAAGACCUGCCUUCUCGAACAAGAGAAUGACCCAUCUCAACUCCGAACGCCUUCUCCCGGAAAGCUUGUCAAAUUCACCGUCGAUAACGGUGAGCACGUCAAGGCCGGCCAGGCCUUCGCUGAAGUCGAGGUCAUGAAGAUGUACAUGCCUCUUCUUGCUCAAGAAGAUGGUAUUGUGCAGCUCAUCAAGCAGCCAGGAGCCACUCUUGAAGCUGGUGAUAUUCUCGGUAUACUUGCUCUUGAUGACCCAUCCAGAGUCAAGCACGCCCAGCCUUUCCUUGGUCACCUCCCAGAUCUGGGACCACCACAAGUUGUUGGCACCAAGCCCGCUCAGCGAUUCGUCCUUCUCCACAGCAUUCUCAAGAACAUCCUUGAUGGCUUUGACAACCAAGUCAUCAUGGCAUCCACUCUUAAGGAGUUGAUUGAUGUUCUCCGCGAUCCGGAGUUGCCAUACGGCGAGUGGAACGCUCAAUUCUCAGCACUCCACGCCAGAAUGCCACAACGUCUUGAUGCUACCUUCACACAAAUUGUGGACAAGGCAAGACAACGAAAGGCCGAAUUCCCAGCCAAGAACCUCCAGAAGGCUCUCCAGAAGUUCUUGGAUGACAAUGUCGCUCCCUCGGAUGUCGACUUGUUGAAGACCACCCUCACUCCAUUGAUUGAGGUUAUUGACCGAUACCUUGAGGGUCAACAAGUUCACGAAUUUGACGUCUUCUCCGAACUUCUCGAGCAAUACUGCACAGUCGAAAGAUUGUUCUCUGGUCGCCAAAACCGUGACGAGGAGGUCAUCUUGGCGCUUAGAGACCAGAACAAGGAUGAUAUCACCAAGGUCAUCGGCACUGUCUUGUCACACAGCAGAAUUGGGUCAAAGAACAACUUGGUCCUUGCCAUCCUUGAUGAGUUCAAGCCCAACAAGCCAAAGGCAGGCAAUAUUGCCAAGCACUUCCGACCAGCUCUCAAGAAGCUCACCGAGUUGGAAUCCCGACCAACUGCAAAGGUUGCCUUGAAGGCACGAGAGACCCUCAUCCAAUGUGCUAUGCCAUCAUUGGAGGAGCGAGCUUCUCAAAUGGAGCACAUCCUCCGAUCAUCAGUUGUCGAGUCACGAUAUGGCGAGACUGGAUGGGAGCACCGAGAGCCCGAUAUCGAGGUCCUCAAGGAGGUCGUCGAUUCCAAGUACACCGUCUUUGACGUUCUCCCCGUCUUCUUCGGUCACCAAGACCCAUGGGUCUCCCUCGCCGCGUUGGAGGUCUAUAUCCGACGUGCUUACCGUGCCUACUCUCUCAAAAAGAUUGAGUACCACAACGACUCAUCCGAGCCACCAUUCAUCGUUUCAUGGGACUUCGUUCUCCGAAAAGUCGGUUCUUCAGAAUUCGGCAUGCCAAUCCAAUCCUCGGCUCCAUCUACCCCAGCCACUCCUUCAUACGACAUUGCCAACCCAUUCAAGCGUGUCAGCUCUAUCUCCGAUAUGUCAUACUUGGUUAACAAGGCCGACAACGAGCCCACUCGAAAGGGUGUUAUUGUUCCCGUCCAAUACCUUGAUGAGGCUGAGGAGUAUCUUAUGCGUGCUCUCGAAGUCUUCCCUAUCUACGGCCAGAAGAAGCGCCCCGCUGCUGCCAAUGGCAGCACGAUGCCAGAUUUGAGCGGUAAGCGCAGAGCACCUGCUCCUAUCGCCACUGAGGAUGAGCUUACUGCUGUCUGCAACGUCGCUGUCCGCGACGCUGAGAGCAUGGACGACAAGGAGACCAUCACCAGAAUCAACUUGAUUGUCAAGGAUUACAAGGAGGAGCUCCUUUCUCGCCGCAUCCGCCGACUGACAUUCAUUUGCGGUCACAAGGAUGGUUCGUACCCAGGUUACUACACGUUCCGUGGCCCCGAGUACGAGGAAGAUCAAAGCAUUCGUCACAUCGAACCUGCUUUGGCUUUCCAGCUUGAGCUUGGGAGACUCUCCAACUUCCGAAUCAAGCCCGUCUUUGCUGAGAACCGAAACAUCCACAUCUACGAGGCGGUUGCCAAGAAUGUUGAGGGUGACAAGCGUUAUUUCACACGUGCUCUUGUCCGUCCUGGAAGACUACGAGAUGAGAUCCCAACUGCUGAGUACCUCAUCUCUGAGUGCGACAGACUCAUGAACGACAUUCUUGAUGCUCUUGAGAUCAUUGGCAACAACAACUCUGAUCUCAACCACAUCUUCAUCAACUUGACUCCCGUCUUCCCUCUUCAACCACCCGAGGUUGAGAAGGCUCUUGGUGGUUUCUUGGAGCGCUUCGGUCGUCGUCUCUGGCGUCUCCGUGUUACUGGUGCUGAAAUCCGCAUCAUCUGCACUGAGCCCACCACUGGCAUGCCAUACCCUCUCCGUGUUGUCAUCACCAACACAUCUGGAUACGUCAUUCAAGUCGAGAUGUACGCUGAGCGCAAGUCUGAGAAGGGCGGUGACUGGGUUUUCCAGAGCAUUGGAGGCACAACUAAGAUUGGCUCCAUGCACUUGCGACCUGUCAAUACACCAUAUCCUACUAAGGAGUGGUUGCAGCCAAAGAGAUACAAGGCCCAUCUUAUGGGUACCCAGUAUGUUUAUGAUUUCCCUGAGCUUUUCAGACAAGCUAUCCAAAACAGCUGGACCAAGGCUGUUGCUCAACAUCCAGCUUUGGCUGAGAAGCAACCUCCUGUUGGCGAGUGCAUCGACUACAGCGAGCUUGUUCUCGAUGACAAGGACACUCUUGCCGAAGUCUUCCGUGAGCCUGGAACCAACAGCUGCGGUAUGGUUGGAUGGAUCGUCACUGCCAGAACCCCAGAGUAUCCUCGCGGCCGAAAGUUUAUCAUCAUCGCCAACGACAUCACGUUCAAGAUUGGUAGCUUCGGACCCAAAGAAGAUCACUUCUUCUCCAAGUGCACUGAGCUUGCCCGAAAGCUUGGUAUUCCUCGCAUCUACCUGUCUGCCAACUCUGGUGCUCGCAUUGGUAUGGCUGAAGAGCUCAUUCCUCACUUCAAUAUCGCAUGGAAUGACCCCGAGAGGCCAGAAGCUGGAUUCAAGUACCUCUACUUGUUGCCCGAGGCUAAGAAGCGCUUCGAGGAUGGCAAAACCAAGGAUGUCAUCACCGAAGAGAUCAACGAGGAUGGAGAGAUCAGACACAAGAUCACUACCAUCGUCGGUGCUGAGGAUGGCCUUGGUGUUGAGUGUUUGAAGGGCUCUGGUUUGAUCGCCGGUGCUACCAGCAGAGCUUACGAAGACAUCUUCACUAUUACUUUGGUCACUUGCAGAUCAGUCGGUAUUGGUGCCUACUUGGUCCGUCUUGGCCAGCGUGCUAUUCAGAUCGAAGGUCAACCAAUUAUCUUGACUGGUGCUCCUGCUAUCAACAAGCUCUUGGGUCGUGAAGUCUACACAUCCAACUUGCAACUUGGUGGCACUCAGAUCAUGUACAAGAACGGUGUGUCUCACAUGACUGCCAACGAUGAUUUCGAGGGUGUGUCCAAGAUUGUUGAGUGGAUGGCCUAUGUUCCAGACAAGCGCAACAACCCGUUGCCAAUUGGGCCCGCAGUCGACUCCUGGGACCGUGAUAUCGUCUACACUCCACCUCCCAAGCAAUCAUACGACGUUAGAUGGUUGAUUGGCGGUAAGGACGACGACGAGGGAUUUAUGCCAGGUCUCUUCGAUAAGGACUCUUUCGUUGAGACUCUCGGUGGCUGGGCCAAGACUGUUGUCGUCGGUCGUGCUCGCCUAGGUGGUAUUCCAAUGGGUGUUAUUGCCGUUGAAACCCGAUCAGUGGAGAACAUCACCCCUGCUGAUCCCGCCAAUCCCGACUCGAUGGAACAGAUCACGAACGAGGCUGGUGGAGUCUGGUACCCCAACUCUGCUUUCAAGACCGCUCAAGCUAUCAAGGACUUCAACAAUGGUGAGCAAUUGCCAUUGAUGAUCCUUGCCAACUGGAGAGGUUUCUCUGGUGGUCAGCGUGAUAUGUACAACGAAGUUCUCAAGUAUGGUUCCUACAUUGUCGAUGCGCUCGUCAAGUACGAACAGCCGAUCUUCGUCUACAUUCCACCUUUCGGCGAGCUCCGUGGUGGUUCAUGGGUUGUUGUCGAUCCUACGAUCAACCCCGAAUUCAUGGAGAUGUACGCUGACGAAGACGCCCGUGGUGGUGUCUUGGAGCCCGAGGGUAUUGUCAACAUCAAGUACCGAAAGGACAAGCAGCUCGAGACCAUGGCACGCCUGGAUCCCGAGUACGGUGCUCUCCGCAAGCAGUUGGCCGACAAGUCAUUGAGCGCCGAACAGCUCAGCCAAAUCAAAGCCAAGGCUACUGCUCGCGAGGAAUUGCUCCUGCCAGUCUACAUGCAGGUCUCAUUGCAAUUCGCUGAUCUCCACGACCGAGCCGGACGAAUGAAGGCUAAGGAUGUCAUCAGACAAUCACUGGUCUGGAGAGAAGCUAGACGAUUCUUCUACUGGCGUGUGCGCCGUCGUGUGAAUGAGGAGUACAUCCUCAAGCGCAUGGCAGCUGCUUCCAAGAACCCUCUCGCAUCACGCGGCCGCAACAUCGAGACUCUCGGUGCCUGGACCGGUAUCCCCAACUUCACAUUCGCCGACCGUGAUGUCGCUAUGUGGUACGAGGAGAACCGCAAGAUUGUUCACGAAAAAGUAGAAUCUCUCAAGACGGAAGGCGUUGCCUUUGAUGUAGCAAGCCUGUUGAGGAGUAAUGGAAAGGGAGGUCUUAAGGGUGUGCAACAAGUCUUGAGCAUGUUGCCAGCCGAAGAGAGAGAAGAAGCGUUGAAGUUCUUGAGUCAGACAUAGAGAGAAGAGAUAGACCUGGGUUUUCGCUUUGGGAUUUUCACUUCUUGGUCUGCUUUCUUGCGAAGCGUGCGCGCUGUACUGUACAUUGCAUUCACUUGUAAAUUGAAGGGGAUCAUAAGGGCGUUUUUAAGAAGCAAAGCAAUGCAUUCUGGAACCUUAAAAUUAUUACUCGGGCAGUUU